CUCCGCCGCCGCCGACGCCGCCGAGGGGCGCUGCUGCGGGGCCCGGUGAAGUACCGCGUGACACACUCCCUACGGCUGCCCGCCGCCGUGGCGCACCACCACAGCCUCACCAGGGCGGUCUACUUGCAGCAUACCGGCACCAUCGUUGCGCUGCUGGACCGCGGCGAUGACGCAGUGUCGCUCGUUACUACCGUCGCUGCCGAGUCGUUUCACGUGAUUGAUGAACUGGCGAUGGCGGCGCGCGAGGUCCUGAUGUGCGCAGAGCCGCUCUCUACUGCCUGGACCGACGCCGUUGUUGUUGGCACCGCUGUGCAGCCGCGUAAGGCCAUGGGGGAGCCAACGGCGGGNUGCUGCAUGUGUUACCGCUCCGCAUUGCGGCGGCCGCGAGCAUAA